ACCGCCGCUCUGUCUCUCUCUCUGCAGUUCUCCACAUUUCACGUCUAUCCUCUGACCUGUCUGUGGGUGAAACCAGUUACUGAUGACAGCAGCGGACUCUAUGCCAUCAAAAUUACAUGUCCAGAGGAGAGUUUCACCCUGGUGGCCUCGACACCACAAGAGAAGAACAAGUGGCUGCGAUCUCUUAACCAGGCGGUGGAUCAGGUGUUGGGCGGUGGAGGUCAGGGGUCGUCGCCGGGGAUGACGGCAAUGUCUCGCAAGGCCUCCUACACGUUCUCCGGAGAGGGACGGUUUAAAGACGCCCAGUACACUGGGGGCUGGCUGGCAGGACGGGUUCAUGGCAGAGGUACCAUGAAGUGGCCAGAUGGACGUACCUACAGCGGGAACUUUAAGAAUGGACUGGAGGAUGGCUAUGGAGAGUGUUUAAUACCUAACAAAGUGCUGAAUAAGCCUGACAGCUACCAAGGACACUGGAGAGAUGGCAAGAUCCAUGGUUUCGGCAAGUACAAGUAUGCCAGUGGCGAAGUGUACGAGGGCUGUUUCUGUGAUGGACAGCGACACGGUUAUGGCAUGCUGAGCUCCGGUAAGCUGACCAAGACCUCCUCCAGCGUUUUUCUUGGCCAGUGGGUCCAUGACAGGAAGACAGGAUACGGAGUCUACGAUGACAUCACCAGAGGUGAGAAGUACAUGGGACAGUGGUUGGACGAGCAGCGGCAUGGCAGCGCUGUGGUUGUCACCCAGUACGGUGUGUACUAUGAAGGGACCUACAGAGACAACAAGAUGAGUGGUCCCGGUCUGUUGGUGGCAGACGACGACACGGCUUUCCAUGGGGAGUUUUCUGAUGACUGGAUUGCCAACGGGAAGGGCGUUUUAUCCCUGGCUAACGGUGACUGCUUGGAGGGCCUGUUCAGUGGAGAGUGGACCACAGGGCUGAAGGUGGUUGGAACGUACACCAAACCAGCCAUCGAUGACCCAGAAAACAAAGAGAAGAACCUCCUGCUCAGGUUGGGUCAGUACGUGGUGCCCGCAGGUCAGAGGUGGGCCUGUGUGUUCGAUGAAUGCUGGAGUCGUCUGGGCUGUGAUGCUGCUGGGAGAGGAGAGAGGACAACAGCCUGGGAGAAUAUCGCUGUUACUAUAACAAGCGCACGUCGACAAAGCCCAGACCUGAGUAGGUCUCAGAGGAAAGUGUUGGAGUGUUUGGAGUUUAUUCCUCAGCAUGGUGAACCAGUCACCACCGCAAACUAUGACAACAUACGAAGAUACCUCAUCAAGGCAUGUGAGACCCCUCUCCACCCUCUGGGCUGGCUGGUGGAGACGUUGGUGACCGUCUACAGGAUGACUUACGUCGGUGUGGGUUCCAACCGCAGGCUGCUCAGGCAGGCCGUCCAGGAGGUUCAGGCCUACCUCACACAUUUCUACAGCAUUCUCCGGUUUCUGUUUCCGGGGCUACCAGAUGAUGGCGGCAUCAUCCCAGACCCCCUUCCCUCUCCAACUAAGAGCAGAAACAACUCUAAUAUAGAAGAGCAAGACAGCGUUCUGGUGGUGAGCUGCUCCUCUCUGCUCCUCCCUGUGCUGCUUCCUCGACUCUACCCUCCUCUCUUUACCUUGUACUGCCUGCAGGAGGAGCAGGCGGAGGCCCAGUACUGGGAGCGCAUCCUCCGACUCAACAAACAGCCCGACCAGUCACUGCUCAGCUUCCUUGGGGUGCAGGAGAAGUUCUGGCCAGUGUGGAUGUCAAUACUGGGAGAAAAAAAGCAGAUUGUGUCUAGCAGUAAAGAUGCCUGCUUCGUUUCCGCUGUAGAGACACUUCAACAAAUCAGCACCACCUUCACGCCGUCAGACAAACUCCUCGUCAUCCAGAACACGUUUGAGGAAUUGACCCAGGAAGUAAAACCUAUGCUGGAUGACAACUUCCUCUGGUGUAUGGAUGACCUGCUCCCUCUCUUCCUCUAUGUGGUGCUCAGGGCGAGGAUCAGGAACCUGGGAGCUGAGGUCAGUCUGAUAGAAGAUUUGAUGGAUCCCAACGUUCAGCACGGAGAGUUGGGACUGAUGUUCACCACUCUGAAGGCCUGCUACAUCCAGAUCCAGCAGGAGUCGACUAUGUAGGAGCAGGACAGGAAGACGCCACACAGUCGGCAAAAAGUGGAAACAGCAAGGAAAGCACUGCCGGGGGCGGCACGGUGCUUCACACACAGGAACUGCCAGAACAAAACCAGUCAAAACCACUGGGAAGCUGUUUUCUUUCUAGAACCGAAAAGAUCUUCUUGCACUUGUAGCAUGUUUUUACCACUCGUAGCAUUGUGCAGUGUACGGCGAGCUCUGCGUUUCACUGGUCCCAAAGCAACUGCAGGAGGGUAACACAGGUGGACUUAGCACAGCAGAUCCAAUCUGGGCCUCCUGAUCAAAGAUCAGACCUUUGGUUCAUCGGUAAGCAGCUGCAGCAGCUGGGGAGCAGACUGGAUGGAGGGUUUUGCUUUUUUUAGCAAAAUAAAACUUCACACAGUUGUAGAGUUUUACGGUCAGCGUGAAAACAGAGUAAACAGCUUAAGGCACUUUAUGCCUCAGCUGAGGUUUGAGAUUGCUUCCCCAGAAGCCAAACCAAACUCACCAACUCAGAAAACUGAUAAAAAGGGAACAAAAGCUUAAUUUCUCAUGAAACAGUAUGUUCAUGCAAACAUAAAUUAUAUGCAAAGCAUCUUACUUUGUUUACAUAUAAAUAAAAAAUCAUCCCCUCUCACUCUUCCAAACUAAUUUAGACCUUUUUACACCUUUCAGUUAUUAUGAAUAAUGUACACUUUUCUGUACUACAAACCAAACCUGUGCAUGCUCCUGCAUGUUGAAAUAACUGUUUGUCUCAGGUCCACACUUCUGGUACUAUAACUAACAUAAACUGACCAGUAGGACAGUAGCAUGUAACUACAGAGGGAAAGGAUAUUGUACUUUACCUGAAAUAAGUCAUGAGCGCACACUGAUAACCUAAGCGUCAAGGAAAUGUUUAUUCCUCUGUUGAUAUUUCAUUCAGUUUGUUAUUCUGUGUGUUUCUGUGUGAGCGAGCAUUUAUGAACAAGUCUGACAAGGAGCACUUGUAACGUUGCACUGACAACUUUCUAGUUUGGUUUCACCGACCAGCCAGGAGAGUGUUUGAAGAGAGAUUAUAUUAUAUAUAUAAAAAUAGUUGAAGGUUGGCUGAAAAAGUGAUGAAUACUUUGUGUGAAGUCAAUCAUUUUUAAAGAAUUAAGUCACAUUGUGACACAUUUUAAGAAGGUCAUAUUAUGCUUUUUGGGUAUUUUCCUCUCCUUUAUUGUGUUAUGUGUAUUUUUUGUGCCAGUGAUAAGUUUGCAAAGUGAAAAAGCCCAAAGUCCACCCCAAAGGGAGUUUGUAGUCCAGUCUUCUGUAAAUUAUCUGCGUAACAAUGUAGCACACGCCUUAAUGCUCGCCUAGAGGCUAGUGUGGUACGACCAUUGGCUAUAUAUAAAAGAAAUGGACGAAGUCAUCGUGACGUCACCCGUUGGUUUGUGGACUGUCGUUUUGAAGCCUCGAGUCUGGCCUAUAGGAUGCCGCCAUGGUGAUUUUUUGCAACCAGAAGUGCCUUGACGUGACCAUAUUUGGACCAGAUGGUGGAGCUAACGGCUGUGUGCGGAGCUAGCUAGCUUGCUUAGCUAGGUGCAUCUGUAAUUCACGUUAACUGUCAUUUUAACAAUUUAGUCUAGCAAACAAAAGUCUUAAAACUAAAUGUACUCACCAGAGAAAGUGAACAGCCAACUCCUAAUCAGCUUUUUCAACCACUGGUUAGAUUGGGUAUGAGUCACUCUAGCCUGAUUGACAAAUUGCCAUGGUAACAACUUGAAUCACAGAUAAUCCCACCCUGAAGCAUACUCUAUUUUACUCAAUUAAUUAAUUUAAUUAUUCAACUGAGAAGUAGGGUCAUUUUACCAUUAUUGCUAAUGGAGCCGGACUUCUUUUUGCAACCAGAAGAGUCGCCCCCUGCUGGCCGUUCAAUAGAGUGGAGGUUUCUGGGACUUCCGCAUUGGCUUCACCCGCUUGGGUACGACCUUCAGGCAGUCAAUGGACAUAAAGUUGUUACUGUUAUGUAGAGAUAGUGCACAAUUAAGCGUUACAUAUGAAAGGUAAAUUUUUUACAAAUUAAUUACUUACCACUCUUAAACGUGUGAAGCUGGUUUGUGUAGUUCUACCUGUGUGUCGAGAUCACAAUUGGGCUAGAACAUGUACGGCUGAACCGAAGACAGAGUUACUGGCUGAAGUGGCUUUGUUUUGGAUCAGACUACCUUGCUUGUCAGGACCCACCCUACCCUGCUUCUGAUUGGCUAGUAGUCCUUACCUAGGUAUGUAGGUAGGAUGGUGGGUAGGUAAGAUUGAAUAGGAGUGAGAUGCUUCACUCGGCAGCUAAAACUGAACAUAGAAAUAUGGUGUUUUUUGAAAAUGAAACCAUUUAAACCUGUUCUUGUACAACCCCUAAAUAAGAUUUUGAACCUAAAAAUUAGCAAAAUAUGACCUCUUUAAACUCUUUCACUGCUUUCUUGUGACCUACUGCACUUACUUAAUUGACAAAAAAUAUGCCAUGCGAAUCAAGUAUCAAUGUGUGUGUUUAAAUGCAGAUCCAGAUUUUAAAACAAUAUUAUCAUAUUAUAUGAGUUUAUCUGGAUCCUUUGAAUCCAUGUGUACGUGUUGUAAAUGUAUUUUCAUAUCCAGAUCUUUAAGGGACAUCAAAGUAUUCAUUUUCAAAGGUAAAUGACAUUUUUAAAUGAAUUGUAUUACUUCAUAAAAUUAAUAUUAUAAUUUAAUUUAAAUUAUUUAUUGGAGACAAAUAAAAAAUUUUAAUCAAUGUUUUGUCUUAGAUCUGAAAAUCUCCUACAACUCUGAAAUCCUGCCAGCAGUGAUUGUUAGAUAAUUCACAGUAAUUAUGGAAGCACUGAUUAUAAAAAUCCACUACGGUGUAUUUAAGAUAUAGAACCAGUGUUACAUCGUACAUUAAGACACGAUAGUUUUUUAGGAGCAGAUGUGUUCAGAGUACAGCAUGUGCUGCUGUUGUUUUACUGACAUGAGAUUGAUUUUAUGUGAGGAAUAAAACUAAAAGCUCAGAUUGAACUGCACAAUGCAGCAAAACGCAGCUGUUGGGUUGAAAAUGUCGUUAUUUCUCUACCAUUUCAGCGUUAGUGAAAUGUGUUUGUACUGUAUUGUCACUUGUGUCUUUGCAGAACGUAUACCCUCAAAACCUGUAUGUGUUGGGACAGUCAAUUCAAUGUUCUUCUUGAUUUUUGUUGUUAAAACCACUGCAGUGUAAUACAGAUGUAACAUCUAAGGAUGAGGAUGAGGCAAAAUCAUUCAGCUGACCUCUGACACCAGGUUAAAGGACUUUACAGAUGUGCAUGUAAAUCACCUGUAGUUUUCUAUACUGCCAGCCAUUUUUCAUCACAUACUGCUUUCUGUUUGAUUUAUUUCCUACCUUUUAGGUUGGCACUGGUGUGAGAUCAUUUCAGAACAGCAUUAAAUCAGUGAGAUCUAGUCUUCUUUAUUUUCUGAUUACUGACAUUAUUGUCAAAUAUCCGUUUUAAAAACUCCUUUGUGUGUUAUGUUAUUGUACUGAAAUAAACUAAAACCAGUGACUCAAAGAAACAUAGUGGAUAAAAUAAAAUGGAAGUGACAUGAAGUGCAUAUGCUUUCUACUUCAUUGGCUAAAACACGCCAGGAUCUUUGUAAUACCUAAAUUUCUUAGGGGUUUUGAGGAUAUAACCUGACUGAAUUUAUCACUUUAGUCUAUAUUUUUAUAACUUCAUACAUUUAUAGAAAGAGGUGGUCAGUGGAAAUGAUUGUAGAGUGCUAAUUAGUUUUGAUUGAUAACUGCAAUGUGAUAGGAAAAAUGAUCAAAAAAGGGCAAUAAAUGUGGUUUAAUUCUUCAA